AUGGUUCUCUCUCGUGCUCUACUGAAAAUCAACGGUCGUUUCCUCCAUAUUUAUGGCCGUGACAUUCCAUCCAAAAUCCCACUGCCCCCAUACAUCACUAAAAAGGUCGACCUGACGCUAUCUACAGUAGCUGUGCAGAGUGAACGUAAUAUCAAUGAAUAUAAACGAGCAGGUUCAUUAAUCCAUCAGAUAUUUAAUGAUCUUGAAAAGUUUAUCAGACCGGGCUUGUCUACUCAAGAUAUUGACGAUUUCGUAUUUAAUCGGUGUCUGAGUAAGUCGGUAUACCCAUCGCCGUUAGGAUAUAAAUGUUUCCUAAGUUCGGUCUGCACGUCGGUAAAUAAAGUUGUUUGUCAUGGAAUCCCAAAAGAAUCCCAAAUACUAAAAUUAGGUGAUAUUAUGUCUGUGGAUAUAUCAGUUUAUAAUGGUUAUGCCCAUGGUGAUAUUUGUCACACCUUUGUAGCUGGUGUGGAUAGUCACUCUGAUUAUUGUGAUCUGGAAGCUGGUGCACAGAUAAAAGCUGCUGUCUACUUGUGCACUGUCGCUCAAAAGUGUCAUGAUGCCGGUAUCAGUGUUUGCGGUCCAAGUGCUCCUUAUACACCUAUUGCGGAAGCAGUCACGAAAUGUGCCGAUGCAUUUCAGUGCCCGUUUAUGGUAGGCGAAUGGGGACAUGGAAUCGGCCCAUUUUUACAUCGACCACCAAAAGUAGUACAUUCAACCCAUGAGUCAGCUUACCAACCACUGGCACGUAUGCUACCUAGACAUACGUUCACCGUCGAACCGUGUAUUUCUCUUCCUCUCAACAAGUCCCGAGUAAAAUUCGAACGGAAUACAAGUUUCGCAGUUCCCGUUAUCUUGGAAGAUGGAUGGACAGUGGUCACUAGUGACAAAGCUUUGAGAGCUCAGUUUUAA